UGUUCUCACCAGACUCAGUUUAAGUUAUAAACUCGUCGAGGCUGCACGAUAAAGUUUUUCUCCGCAACUCGAAAACCAAAUCAUUUUUAACUAAAAAUUUAUAAUAUUUCCAACUGUAUAUAAAUAUAGAAAAGUUAAUGAAAAGAGUUUUUCCGUUGUGGUUGUGAUUAUUGGCUACACGUGUGAAUAAUUUCAAUAUUUUCAAAAAAUUUCUUCUCUCGAACCUCAAAAAAGUACACAAAUAUUUCGUGUGGCAAAGUAUUGAGAUUUUAAAAAUAUGAAUAAUUAUUAUUCCACUUAAAAGUCUUCAAAAGAAAUAAUUUAUUAUGGCUACUAAUAAUUUUGACAAGCUACGGCUAUUAUUAUGGAAGGAUUGGAUCUUACAAUGGAACCAUAAAUUACAACUAAUCGUUGAACUUUUACUACCCGCCAUUUUCUCGUUACUAUUGGUGUUAAUUCGAUCUUUAUCAGAACCUUUUGUACGAGAAUCUAUAUCUUACAAUACCUCACUUCCCAUCAACAAUCUUGAUCCUUUAAGAACUCAUCUAAUUAAUAGUAAUGUUACAUUCCAUUUGGCCUACUCCCCAAACACAAAUUUGGUUUUCGAUAACAUCGUGAAGGAAGCAGCAUUAAGUUUAAACCUCAGUUACAGUGGCUAUGCGAAUUCACGUUAUCUACAAGAUGCCAUGAUUAGGGAAAGUUUUUUUAGUGGCAUAGAAUUUGAUGAUUCAUUGGCAAAUGUAACAAAACUUCCAAUGCACUUAAACUAUCGUAUUCGUUUUCCAAGUGAACUACGAACUAUGUAUUGGUAUACGACUUCCGUUAGUUCUUGGCUAACAAACAGUCUUUAUUUGCCUGGUAUGGAUUCACCUGGACCAAGAAAUUAUUAUGAUGAAGAUGGUGGAGUUCCGGUUGGUUAUUUAAGAGAAGGUUUCCUAGCUGUGCAGAACGCUGUCUCAAGGGCUUUUAUGAGACAAUUAAAUCCAAAGUCCUAUCUUCGUUUGCCAGAAAUUUAUCUUCAAAGAUAUCCUUAUCCGGAAUAUACAAUUGAUCAUUUGAUUGAUGUUAUUGGCAUCUUGCUGCCACUUGUAAUAUUUAUGAGUUACAUGUACUCAUCUACAUGGUUGAUAAAGUUCAUCACAGCAGAAAAGGAGAAACAACUCAAGGAGGUGAUGAAGAUGAUGGGUUUGGAAAAUUGGUUACAUUGGACAGGUUGGUUUCUGCAGGGAUUUUUUGAAAUGGGAACCUCAACUCUUCUAAUUGUCAUCAUUUUAACGAACAAAUGGACUGAGCACCAACCAGUACUUAUAAACAGUUCUUUUACAGCGGUUCUAUUUUUCUUCUUGGUUUACACGGCAACGACAGUGACAUUCUGUCUAAUGGUGGCAACAUUUUUCUCCAAAGCGAAUACAGCGGCAUCUGUCAGCAGCAUUAUAUGGUUUGUCAGUUUUAUACCUCACCUGUAUUUCAUGUCAAACGAAUAUGAUGUUGCUCCCGCUAUGAAACUAGGCUGGUCCUUGCUCUGCAACACUGCUAUGGGUCUUGGAAUCCACAUAAUUGUUGGCCUUGAAUCGAAUGGAUAUGGCUUCCAGUGGUCUGAUAUGUUUGCACGUGUCAGACCUGAUGAUCCCGUUACAAUGGCUCAUGUUUUGGCAGUAAUGGUGUUUUCAUGCUUCAUGAAUUUGAUAAUAUGCUUGUACAUAGAGCAAAUUUAUCCAGGUGAAUUUGGAGUGCCGAAAAAAUGGUAUUUUCCGUUUACCAAGAACUUCUGGUGUGGAGACCACGAGUACUUUGAAUAUGAAGACUCACACAGCGGCGCAUGGCGGAUAAAUACAGAAUCAUUUGAAGCCGAGCCAAUCGGCAAACGUAUUGGCUUGGAAGUGAAGAGUUUGAGCAAGUCGUUUGGCCAAUCGAAAGCAGUGAAGGGAGUUUCUAUGAAUAUGUAUGAAGAUCAAAUCACAGUUUUAUUGGGUCAUAACGGUGCUGGUAAGACCACAACAAUCUCUAUGCUAACUGGAAUGUUUCCGCCCACAUCAGGAACGGCUAUUUUGAAUGGAUGUGACAUUAGAACUGACAUUAAUGGUGCUCGUGCGUCAUUAGGUGUUUGUCCACAGCAUAAUAUUUUGUUCGACGAACUAACGGUUAAGCAACAUUUGAUUUUCUACAGCCGUUUGAAGGGUCUCAAAGGGGAUGCAUUAGAGCAGGAGGUAACCAAUUACAUGAGAAAAAUCGAGUUGGAGAACAAAGCAAAUGUGGCUUCUUCCGAACUGUCAGGAGGUAUGAAGAGAAAGCUGUCGGUUUGCGCAGCUUUUUGUGGCGGUAGUAAAGUCGUUUUGUGCGACGAACCAAGUUCGGGUAUGGACCCGGCUGCCAGGAGGCAACUGUGGGAUCUACUACAGGCUGAGAAAGCCGGACGAACAGUUUUGCUGACAACACAUUUCAUGGAUGAAGCUGAUGUCUUAGGAGAUCGAAUUGCAAUUAUGUCCGCUGGAGAGCUAAAAUGCAUGGGAACACCAUUUUUCCUGAAGAAAGUUUUUGGCAGUGGAUAUUUAUUGGUUUGUGUCAAGAAAAAUAACUGCAUGACUUCCAAAGUGACGCAACUUCUUAGAAAAUACAUACCGGAUUUGAAACCAGAAUCUGACAUUGGAGCUGAGCUGUCAUAUCAACUACCUGACAGAUAUUCAUCUCAUUUCGAAGAUAUGUUCCUUGCUCUUGAAACAAAAUCCGAUGAACUGCAACUAAAUGGCUAUGGCAUUUCUAUAACAUCCCUGGAAGAAGUCUUUAUGAAAGUUGGUGCUGAAAAGGAGGAAAAAACAAAUGUCAAUAAUGACAAUGACAUUAACAAUAGAUACCUAAUGGACGAUGGAAUAAGUGAAUCAUUGAGUGAUAAGCAUCUUCUGCGAGGAUUGAGCCUAACUGUGAACCAAUGGCAGGCAAUGAUGAUGAAAAAGUUCUUGUUUUCUUUGCGAAAUAAGUUGCGAUUUUUAGUGCAAAAUUGUUUGCCAAUAUUAUUUAUAACUUCGAUCCUAAGUGAUGGUUCAACGAAGUCUCUUUCUGAAUUAAGUCCAAUGACAAUUCAGCUCAAUCAAUAUCCAGAAACAGUGACAGUUCUGCAAACAACUUCAAAUGUCAAAGUGAAUUCGGUAGAAUGGGAUAUCGCUCAGAAUUACAAAAAUCUAGUAUAUUCGUAUGGAUGGCCUCAUCUACUCCGGGAUAUCAAAAGCGAAUCUUUCGUUGAUUAUAUUUUGAAAUUGGGAAAGACUCAACAGCCCGAAGUCAAUUCUAAAUUCUUAACUGCAGCAACAGUUGAUGAAAAUAAAAUUACAGCAUGGUUAAAUAAUCAGCCAUUGCAUACAGCUCCGUUGACAGUUAAUUUAAUUCACAAUGCUAUGGCAAGAACACUUGAACCAAAGUCUUCUAUAUCCGUCACAAAUGCACCACUGCCCUUUGGAUGGCACGAAUCACCAAGGGUUAAUUUUUCCCAAUCCAGUGAAGUGCUUGGCGUGCAAAUAUCAAUGGUUAUUUGUUUUUGCAUGUGUAUUGUAAGUGCUUUCUAUGUUAUAUUCGUUAUUAAGGAACGUGAAAGUCGAGCAAAAUUGUUGCAAUUUGUAAGCGGAGUUAAAGUUUUCACAUUUUGGUUGACACAUCUUCUGUGGGAUUAUUUGACAUUGAUGAUAACUUCGAUUAUUAUUAUAAUAAUACUUGCAUACUUUCAAAAAGAAGGAUUUUCAACUUUUGCCGAAUUAGGUCGAAAUUUCGCAGUGCUUUUACUUUUUGGGUUCUCAGCUUUACCAUUUACCUACCUCUUAUCAUAUUUCUUUAAAGAAACAUCAACCGGUCUUUCUAGACUCUCUGCUAUCAAUUUAGUACUGGGUGUUGUCCUUUUUACUUUUAUCUUUAUUAUGCGUCAAAUGAAUAAGGCCGACAAGUACGAGAUAUACUGCCUUGUGUUUCCUCAUUUUUCUUUGAUCCAAGGAGUUUAAAAACUCAACGAUAAUAAUAUCCAAAGGAGGCAUUGUGAUAUUUCAAAUAAUGAAAACGAUUGUUUGUCGAAAUUGCAGCCAUAUUUUGGCUGGAAAUAUCCCGGAAUACUUCGUGAAGUCAUAAGCUUAAUUGCUUCAGGUCUUUUAUAUUUUGUCAUCCUUCUUCUGAAAGAUUAUCGUUUCUUUGAUCCAAUUUUGUAUAAGUUCAAUGAGACAUUAAGAAAACCGCCAGUGUUGUUAAGAGGCGGAAAUAUCGAUGAAGAUGUCGAAGAAGAGAAAAAACGAGUGGAAAAUAUGUCGUUUUCAGAAAUUUCUUCACAAAAUUUGAUCCUGGAUAAGUUUUCAAAGUUUUACGGUGGUUUUCUAGCUGUCAACCAGAUUUCCAUUGGAGUCAAAGAAUCGGAAUGUUUUGGACUGCUUGGUGUGAACGGUGCCGGAAAAACAACAACUUUCAAGAUCCUUACAGGUGACGAACGAAUUUUCGUAGGUGAAGCCUACGUUAAAGGGUUGAGUUUGAAAACAAAAAUGCGAAAGGUGGACCAAGAGAUUGGUUAUUGUCCACAAUUCGAUGCGCUGUUCGAUGAUCUCACCGGUCAGGAAACUCUAAAAUUGUUUGGUUUGCUUCGAGGUAUUCCGGCGAAUAGAAUUGCGGCGGUUUCAUUGGAGCUUGCCAAGUCUUUCGGUUUCACCCAACACUACCAGAAACCUGUGCGGGCCUACAGUGGUGGUAAUAAACGAAAACUUAGUACAGCUGUGGCAAUCAUGGGAGGACCCUCGGUGUUGUAUCUUGACGAACCAACAACCGGAAUGGAUCCGGCUGCACGUCGUCAAUUGUGGAAUGUUCUAUGCAAGUUCCGUGACUCGGGAAAGACAAUAAUAUUGACCUCACACAGUAUGGAAGAAUGUGAGGCGUUAUGUACCCGAUUGGCAAUUAUGGUGAAUGGUGAGUUUAAGUGCUUGGGUUCAACACAGCACUUGAAGAACAGAUUCAGCAAGGGUUUGAUUUUGAAGUUUAAAAUGAGGAAAAUCCCCGACAAUAUGCCAAUGGAUCUGAUAGAAGAAGACGUUCAAAAUGUCACAGAUUUCAUAACGAAAGAAUUUCCUGAAGCUAAAUUACAGGAACGUUUUCAACGAAUUUUGACAUUUUACAUUCCAUUGUCGAGUAUUUCUUGGUCAAGAGUAUUCGGACUAAUGGAGCGAAAUAAGGAAGUUCUAAGCAUUGAGGACUAUUCUAUAAGCCAGACAACUUUGGAGGAAAUUUUCCUACAAUUUGCUGAGGCUCAGCGAAAUGAUCCAAGGGAUCAUAAGAAAAAGUGUCCAUAUUUACCAUGUUAAGAAUUUAAUUCAUAUUCUUUUGUAUUUUUUUAAACUUACCUGAUAACUUUUAUGAUACAAAUUUAAGCGUCCAAAGUUAAUUUUAAUGCAAUUUUUCUAUUUUUAAUUUAUAUUAUUAUAAAUAAUAUUAUUGUAUACAGGAAAAUAUUAUAAUUUUACAAAAUAUUUCAAAAAAUGUCUACGAUUUAUCCUAUCUGCUUGACGCAGUAUAAAUAUGAACUUUUUAUAAACAUUUUCUCUCAAAUAAACAAAACAACGUAUUCAUUUUAUUUAUUAAAACUUCGUAAUUAAAUAUAUGUAUGAAUUUAAUUCAAGUGACUUAAGUAAGUAAGCCUACAGUAAAAAAGUAUUAUACCUACUAUAAAAAAAGUGUUUCAAAAACGCAAACAGAAGCUUGAAAUGCUUUAAAAAAUAAAAUGUGACUUUUUGUUAAGUGUUUAAAAA